CUCACUACCUCUGAUAUUAAGAGUUAGAGCUUCCCUGAAACUGCGGUACAACUGAAACUGACUUGCUGAGUCUUCCACACACAGUCGGGGAGUUUUCUGCUACUGAAAGGUUCCAACUGUGUCCUCUGCAAUAAUUAUGGUGAGUCCUUACUACAGUAUAAGUACAGAAAGGUAAAAGCUUUGCCGACACCAUGACUAUCACUGACCCAGUCACAAUGCUGUCAAUUAUCCUAUGUAUUUUUGUGGCAAUACUUUAUGCACGCAGAAGAAACACUUAUCAUAAUUUUCCGCCUGGACCCACGCCAUUACCUAUCAUCGGAAACAUCCACAUUCUGAACAUGAAGAAACCUUAUGAAACACUUCACCAGCUUUCUGAGAAGUACGGCUCAGUGUACAGUCUACAGCUAGGAGAGGAGAAAAUGGUGGUCCUGACCGGAUAUGAGACGGUGAAAGAUGCUCUUGUAAACCACGCGGAUGAGUUUUCUGGAAGACCAAAAGUUCCACUUUUCCAUGAGAUAACUAAAGGACACGGAGUUAUUUUUGCUAAUUUUGAAAGCUGGAAGGUGAUGAGACGGUUCACAAUUUCAACGCUACGAGAUUUCGGGAUGGGGAAGCAAACAAUUGAAAACAAAAUUAGUGAAGAAAGCGAUUGUUUAGUGGAAAGGAUAAAAUCCCACAAAGGCAACCCAUUUGAUAAUAGAUUGAUUAUAAAUGCGGCUCUUUCCAAUAUAAUUGUUUCCAUAUUACUGAGCCAUCGAUUUGAUUAUGAGGAUCCAACACUGUUGAAGCUUUUGAAAGUAAUCAAUGAAAUGAACACAUUAUUUGGUAGCCCAAUGGCCAUGAUGUACAACGCAUUCCCCUCUGUGAUGAGCUGGUUUCCUGGAGUUCAGAAAAGAGCGGUCAAAAUGAUAAAUGAGUUUCACACAUUUAUUAGAGAGACUUUCACCGCCCAGAAGAAACAUUUGGAUGUUAAUGACCAGAGGAAUCUUAUUGAUACAUUCCUGGUGAAACAACAGGAGGAAAAACCAAGUCCUGAAUUAUAUUUCACCAAUGAAAAUCUAAUAGAGCUUGUGACCGACCUCUUUGUUGCUGGCGUGGAGACGACCUCUACCACUCUGAGAUGGAGUCUACUGUUGAUGAUGAAAUACCCUCAAAUACAAAGAAAAGUCCAAAAUGAGAUUGAUAAAGUAAUUGGGUCAUCAGAGCCUCAGGCCGCUCACCGUAAGGAUAUGCCCUAUACGGACGCUGUUAUUCAUGAGAUCCAAAGAUUUGGAAAUAUAGCUCCAGCAAAUGUCCCGCAUGCUACUACUCAGGACGUCACAUUCAGAGGGUAUUUUAUUCCAAAGGGGACACAGGUAAUCCCACUGCUGACGUCAGUGCUGUAUGACAAGAAUCACUUUCAAAAACCAAAAGAGUUUUACCCGGAACAUUUUCUGGAUGCUGGUGGCAAUUUUGUGAAGAAUGAGGCAUUUAUGCCGUUCUCAGCUGGUAAAAGAAGUUGUGCAGGUGAGAACUUGGCAAAAAUGGAGCUCUUCAUGUUCUUCACGAAGAUGCUGCAGAACUUCACCUUCCAGGCUCCUCCAGGGGCCACUCUGGACCUGACCCCUGCAGUUGCUUUUACAUGUAGUCCUAUGAGCUAUCUGAUGUGUGCUGUGCCUCGUACAUAAAGUAGGAUUGUAAAAUGCCCUAAAAAAUAUUUUUUUCCCAGCCGGGUUUAUGGUGACAUAAUAAAUAAUAUACCUUGUUUUCAAA